AUGUCCGAAGACAAAAUAUAACAAGAAAUAAAAGUCCUUGGAAAAACUUCUUCCUUUCGCUCGUUGUUGAUGAGUCUUGGUCAACUAUCAAUCCCUCCCUAAUUGUUCCAACUCUUCCUCGAAGAAAAUUAUACGAGAGUUUUCCCAAGAAUCUCCCGAAACCCCGGCUUCAACUCUUCCCAACCACGCAGCCCAAGUCGCCUUUUCUUCAACAGAGGCGACGCCUAUCUUAUAUCUCACGGCAUUGUGUAUGUUUGUGUGUCUUUUCUACGGUCCCUUUGUUAAAACCUCUGCCAGUGUCAAUGCCUUCAAUACGAGCGAUGUCUCCUUUUUUCCGCCGUACCCUCUCCUCACCUCUCAUCCGCCCAUCGCAGCGCAUGCCCUUUUCAACAACCAGCCGACUGCUGAAUAGCAGCACUAGUGCAGAGUCAGGAGCUUUACCGGUACAAAAACCUGUAGGAGCUUUCAGAGGAGGACUAUUCGGCUUCCUCUUUGGCACUGCGGUAGCGGGCACGUCGGUUUAUUACUAUAUUCUGGAUGAAUAUAGAGUGUCGAAUGAGAUGUUGACGGAAGACAUCUACGUACGUUACUGCAUUUGA